AUGCUAGACCGGAGAGAGAAUGUCGAGCCAUGUCAUACCAAUACCUGCCAAUGGAUUUUGGACUUGGAAAAGUACCAGUCCUGGAGGAGCGAAUCCCGUGGUCUACUAUGGAUUAAGGGAAAACCGGGUGCCGGCAAAUCGACAUUGAUGUUAUUCCUACACGGCAAACUCAGGAGUUUACAGAACGGCAACCAUGGCAUCCAGCUCGACUUUUUCUUUACUGCGCGGGGUACAGAGAUGCAACGUACACCACUAGGCAUGCUUCGCUCUUUGCUGAACCAAAUAUUUGAACGCGAUGCGACUGUACGCCCCCAGGUGCGUGAGGCCUAUGAACAACGAUGUAGGCUGUUUGGGAACGGUGAAGGCAAGUGGGAAUGGUCACAAGGGGUGCUAGAAGAGUUACUGGCAGGUGUCAUCCUAGCAUCCGCUAGUCGACAGCAUGUGACGGUUUUUGUCGAUGCUUUGGAUGAGACCGGAGCUGAGUCCGCUCAACAACUCGCAGCGUAUUUCCAUCGACUUAUUGAUCGAGCAGCAAAAGGGAGCGUUGCGAUUCGAAUCUGCAUUUCAUGUCGACACUAUCCCAUCAUAGGAAGUGCCCAGGCUAUGGAGAUACAUGUCGAACGGCAUAAUCACAAAGACAUCGCUACAUAUAUCAAUGAUAUACUUGCCGAGACAGAGAGCGAAGAUUACCCUAGCAAAGAUAUGAGACAGAUGCUGAUGGAACAACUGAUUCGCCAAGCCAAUGGUGUGUUCCAAUGGGCUCGUCUUAUAAUGCCUCUUGCCCGACAGAGGAUUUUUGAAGGGGAAUCGUUCGAUGACAUCUGUUGCUGGUUACACAAGGUCCCGGCCGGCCUAGAAGAUGUGUAUAUGUACAUUCUAAACAACGUGAUAGAAGUGCAGAACUUGGAGCAAUCGUUCCUGCUGUUUCAAUGGGUGUGUCUGGCUGAGCGACCACUAACUGUGAUUGAAUUGCGGUACGCCUUGGUAGGUAAGAAUGCCCAAAUUACGCGUGCCCCAAAGACCUGGGAGAAGAUGUAUGGUUUUGUUGAAAGCGACCAACGCAUGAAGCAAAGGAUCAAGGCCCAUUCUGGUGGAUUAGCGGAAGUUAUCUCAAGGGGGGCUUCAAACGAAACUGUCCAGGUGGUACACCAGUCAGUCAAUGAUUUCUUACGCUCGAAAGGGUUAGCUGCUUUGAGUGAUAGUAUCGGCGCCAGCAGUCCAGUCUUAGAAGGAGAAAAGAUCCUCCUCCAAUGCCAGGCAAAUCUCUACCGAUCCUGCCUUGUUUAUCUGACCUUACUCGGUGUACGUGGAGAUAUUUCGAGUGAUUCCCAGGUGACGAAAAAGGACCUUAUCCGGAACCACCCACUAGUUGCUUACGCCACUACCAACCUGUUUAUUCAUGCGGAAAAAGCUGCUCACUCUCGUGUGCUCAUUAUCCCGAACGAACAAGAUAUCAUACAGCAAAUGAUUAGUCAAUGGGUCCAGAUUUACCAGAUUCUCGACCCUUAUAACCCAGUGUGCCCACCGAGAGGUACUUCAAUAAUUCAUGUGACGGCAGCUGCGAAUCUCGUUGAUAUCCUGGAGCGUGUGUCUUUGAACAGCGAGGACGUGGCAAGGAAAGACGGACAUGGAAAUACCGCUCUCCAUUUAGCAGCGCGACACGGUCAUAUAACAGGGGGAAGAAUUUUGCGCGAGAAAGCUGCGGAUUGUGAGGUAACAAAUAGAGAAGGAAGAACACCAUUGGCUGAGGCGGCUAGCUUUGGGCAUACAGGAUUUGUUGAAUGGCUCAUACUCGAGGGUGUGAAGCUUGAAGCAACAACUGGUGGAGACCAGAGUGCUCUACAAGCGGCUUCAUUGGGAGGACAUCAGAAUGUUGUUGAAAUAUUGCUUGGAGCUGGAGCAGCGGUGAAUACAAAGGGUGGUAGAUAUGGCAAUGCCCUACAGGCUGCAGCAUUCGGGAAAAGCAGUGAGAUCGUGCAGAUGCUCCUCGACGCUGGCGCCGAUGUCAAGGCUCAAGGUGGUGAAUACGGCAAUGCCCUACAGGCUGCUGCAUACAGGAAAAGCAGUGAGAUUGUGCAGAUGCUCCUCGACGCUGGCGCCGAUGUCAACGCUCAAGGUGGUAGAUACGACAAUGCCCUACACGCUGCUGUAUACAGCAAAAGCAGUGAGAUCGUGCAGAUGCUCCUCGACGCUGGCGCCGAUGUCAAGGCUCAAGGUGAUGGAUACGGCAAUGCCCUACAGGCUGCUGCAUACGGGGAAAGCAGUGAGAUCGUGCAGAUGCUCCUCGACGCUGGCGCCGAUGUCAACGCUCAAGGUGGUGAAUACGGUAAUGCCCUACACGCUGCUGUAUACAAGAAAAGCAGUGAGAUCGUGCAGAUGCUCCUCGACGCUGGCGCCGAUGUCAAGGCUCAAGGUGGUAGAUACGACAAUGCCCUACAGGCUGCUGCUGCAUUCGGGAAAAGCAGUGAGAUCGUGCAGAUGCUCCUCGACGCUGGCGCCGAUGUCAACGCUCAAGGUGAUGGAUACGGCAAUGCCCUACAGGCUGCUGCAUACGGGGAAAGCAGUGAGAUCGUGCAGAUGCUCCUCGACGCUGGCGCCGAUGUCAAGGCUCAAGGUGGUAGAUACGACAAUGCCCUACAGGCUGCUGCUGCAUUCGGGAAAAGCAGUGAGAUCGUGCAGAUGCUCCUCGACGCUGGCGCCGAUGUCAACGCUCAAGGUGAUGGAUACGGCAAUGCCCUACAGGCUGCUGCAUACGGGGAAAGCAGUGAGAUCGUGCAGAUGCUCCUCGACGCUGGCGCCGAUGUCAACGCUCAAGGUGGUAGAUACGACAAUGCCCUACACGCUGCUGUAUACAGGGAAAGCAGUGAGAUCGUGCAGAUGCUCCUCGACGCUGGCGCCGAUGUCAACGCUCAAGGUGGCGAAUACGGUAAUGCCCUACACGCUGCUGCAUACGGGGAAAGCAGUGAGAUCGUGCAGAUGCUCCUCGACGCUGGCGCCGAUGUCAACGCUCAAGGUGGCGAAUACGGUAAUGCCCUACAGGCUGCUGCAUACGGGGAAAGCAGUGAGAUCGUGCAGAUACUCCUCGACGCUGGCGCCGAUGUCAACGCUCAGGGUGGUGAAUACGGCAAUGCCCUACAGGCUGCUGCAUACAGGGAAAGCAGUGAGAUUGUGCAGAUGCUCCUCGACGCUGGCGCCGAUGUCAACGCUCAAGGUGGCGAAUACGGCAAUGCCCUACAGGCUGCUGCAUACAGGAAAAGCAGUGAGAUUGUGCAGAUGCUCCUCGACGCUGGCGCCGAUGUCAACGCUCAAGGUGGUCAUUUUAGCAAUGCCCUACAUGCUGCUGCAUACAGGGAAAGCAGUGAGAUUGUGCAGAUGCUCCUCGACGCUGGCGCCGAUGUCAACGCUCAGGGUGGUGAAUACGGCAAUGCCCUACAGGCUGCUGCAUACGGGGAAAGCAGUGAGAUUGUGCAGAUGCUCCUCGACGCUGGCGCCGAUGUCAACGCUCAGGGUGGUGAAUACGGCAAUGCCCUACAGGCUGCUGCAUACAGGAAAAGCAGUGAGAUUGUGCAGGUGCUCCUCGACGCUGGCGCCGAUGUCAACGCUCAAGGUGGUGAAUACGGCAAUGCCCUACAAGCCGCUGCAGCAUUCGGGAAAAGCAGUGAGAUUGUGCAGGUGCUCCUCGACGCUGGCGCCGAUGUCAAGGCUCAAGGUGGUGAAUACGGCAAUGCCCUACAAGCCGCUGCAGCAUUCGGGAAAAGCAGUGAGAUUGUGCAGGUGCUCCUCGACGCUGGCGCCGAUGUCAACGCUCAAGGUGGCGAAUACGGCAAUGCCCUACAGGCUGCUGCAUACAGGAAAAGCAGUGAGAUUGUGCAGGUGCUCCUCGACGCUGGCGCCGAUGUCAACGCUCAAGGUGGCGAAUACGGCAAUGCCCUACAGGCUGCUGCAUACAGGAAAAGCAGUGAGAUUGUGCAGGUGCUCCUCGACGCUGGCGCCGAUGUCAAUGCUCAGGGUGGUAGAUAUGGAUCAUCCCUCUUGGCAGCUGUUUAUCAAGGCCAUGCUGAUCAAGUUCAGAUGCUUCUUCACGCUGGCGCAAAUGCGUUGCUUGCAGAUGAACUCGACCAGACUCCUCUUCAUAUUGCCGCCUCGAAAAAUAGGCUUAACCUUCUCCAUCGGUUCCCGGAGCUCCUCUCGCCUAUUAAUACCCGGGACAAGCUUUCACGAACCCCCAUUCAUCUGGCUAUUUGUCUCGGUCAUAUCGACCUUGCCAUAAAUCUCCUCCACUUUGGUGCCAAUCCUUCUCUCCCAGAUGGUUAUGGUAGAAAUGCCCUAGAUUGGGUAGUUGGAAAUGAAAGUCUGGUGCACCAAAUCCAAAACCACUACCCUUCAAUUGUUGUAACGCCUGAUAAUACGCAAGAGCUUGCUGUUCGUCAAUCAAUCCUUCAAAUCUCAGAUACGCUUCUUCGGUCUCAGCUGCACCUCCCAUGGCCACUUUUGCAGCAACUCGGUCGCUAUCUAUUGUUUGUCAACGAAGUAGACAAUGCCCGAUGUCUGUUUCAGCUGCAUUUAUCUCAGGAGACUUACAUUGGCACCCCCAUAUAUAAGUCUACGUGUGACAUUUGUACACAGUUUAUUAGCGGCUCUCGCUUUGUGUGCAGAAUCUGCGCCCAUAUGGAUCUGUGCUCGUCCUGCGUGCAGAAGUACCCCUUCCACAGUCGAUUACACCCAACUCAAGAGCACAAGACUCUUGAAGUGCCACAUGUCCUUGAUCGGGAGUCUCUGCUCACUACGUCAGCAUCAGAGAAGUUGACAAGACUCGUUGAUAAGCUUACUGCGCCAAAUUCCCAUGGAAGUGGGAAGGGGCCAUCAGGUUAUUCCGUGCCUUAUCUGCCAUCCGUCACGGCACCCAAAAUGACAGCUAUGAUUUCAAUGGCUCUUCAAGGCCCAAUCUCAAUAUUCGGUCUUCUUUCGUUUGCUCUUAUAGCAGUUUCGUUUAGAUACUGGUAUACCUUGAUCUGA